AUGGCUGAAUCCUUUUUUUCGGCCUUUGGCUUGUUGUGGUACCUGCAGGAGCUCAGGAAGGAAGAGUUCUGGAAAUUUAAGGAGCUGCUCAAGCAGGAGCCUCUGCAGCUGGAGCUCAAGCCGAUCCCGUGGCCCGAGCUAAAGAAGGCCUCCCGAGACGAUCUAGCGAAGCUGUUGGACAAACAUUACCCAGGCAAGCAGGCGUGGGAGCUGACCCUGAGCCUAUUUCUACAGAUUGAUCGGCGUGACCUCUGGACAAAGGCUCAGGAAGAGAUCAGGAAUAAACCAAAUCCAUACAGAAAUCACAUGAAAGAAAAAUUCCGUCUCAUAUGGGAAAAGGAAACCUGCCUUCCAGUUCCCAAUGAUUUCUACAAAGAAACCACAAAGGUUGAAUAUGAAAACCUGAAGGCUGCGUACCCCGCCGGCCGGGCUGGAGAGCCCACGCCCACGGUCGUCUUACAAGGUCCGGAAGGGAUCGGAAAAACAACGCUUCUGAGGAAAGUCAUACUGGACUGGGCGGAGGGAAACCUCUGGAAGGACAGAUUUGCGUUUAUCUUCCUCCUCAACGGCUGUGAAAUGAACGCCGCCGCAGAGGCCAGCUUAGUGGAGCUAAUCUCCAAGGACUGGCCUCAGUCUUCCGAGCCGGUGGAGGACAUUUUUUCCCAGCCCGAGAGGAUCCUGUUCAUCCUGGACGGCUUCGAGGAGCUCAGGUUUGAUUUGGAGCCUCCGACUCAGUUGUGUGAUGACCGGAAGCAGCGGCAGCCCGUGCAAGUUAUCAUGAGGAGUUUGCUGCAGAGAAAAAUGCUUCCGGAGUCUUCUCUGCUUGUCGCGCUGGGAACCAUGGGCAUGAGGAGAUAUUAUUUCCUGUUGCAGCAGCCAAAAUACAUAGUCCUCCCAGGAUUCACGGAGCGUGAAAGGAAGCUGUAUUUCUACCAUUUCUUCCGGGAGAGGAGCAAAGCCAUGAAAGCCUUCAGUUUUGUGAGGAGCAACUUCCCGCUCUGUGUGUUCUGCCAAAAUCCUCUUGUGUGCUGGAUGGUUUGUACUUGUGUGAAAUGGCAGCUGGAGAAAGGAGAAGACCUUAAGAUUGCGUCCGAAGGCACCACCUCUGUGUACGCAUCCUUUUUCACUCACGUAUUCAAGUCAAGAAAUGAGAACUGUCCCCCCAAGCAGAGCAGAGCGCGACUGAAGGGCCUGUGCGCCCUGGCUGCAGAGGGGAUCUGGACUCGCACGUUCGUGUUCGGCCGCGGGGACCUCAGGAGGCGUGGGGUGUCCGAGUCUGACACCUCGAUGUGGAUGGGCAUGCGACUCCUCCUAAGGAGCGGUGACUGUUUUACUUUCAUGCAUUUGUGCAUCCAAGAGUUCUGUGCCGCCAUGUUCUAUCUGCUCAAACAACCGGAGGCCGACCCCGACCCGGCCAUUGGAAGUGUGACCCAGCUUGUAAAAGCAGGUGUGGGUCAGGUUCAGAGCCACUUGUCCCAGAUGAUAACAUUCUUGUUUGGAGUUUCAACUAACAAAAUAACCAACAUGCUGGAGACAUCCUUUGGUUUUCUCCUGUCCAAAGAGAUAAGGCAGGAAAUAACCCAAUGCCUUGAAAGUUUAAGUCAGUGUGACACCGAUCAGAUGGUGGUGAAUUUCCAGGAACUGUUCAGCGGUUUGUUUGAGACCCAUGAGAAAGACUUUGUAAGACAAGUGAUGGAUUUCUUCGAGGAAGUUAAUAUUUAUAUUGGUAACAUUGAAGAAUUGGUGAUAUCUGCAUUCUGUCUGAAGCAUUCCCAGAAUCUGCAGAAACUUCACCUGUCUGUAGAAAAUGUCUUUUCAGAUGACUCUGGAUCCACCACAAAUGACUGGGAGAAGCUCUCCUUUUGGCAAGACCUUUGCUCUAUGUUCACCACCAACAAGAACUUCCAGGUGUUAGAUUUGGACAACUGCAUGUUCGAUGAGCCCUCCCUGGAAAUUCUUUGUAAAGCUCUGGCUCAUCCCGUUUGUAAACUCCAAAAGUACAAUUUUGCUGCUUAUCUUGGAACUGGCCCAGACUUCUUUGAGGCCAUUCUUCACAACCCUUACCUGAAGUGCCUGAACCUGCACGGCACGAGACUGUCCCCCACGAACGUCAGGCAGCUGUGUGAGUCGCUGAAGCACCCGGUGUGCGGCGUGGAGGAGCUGAUGUUGGGAAGGUGUGACAUCACAGCGAAAGCCUGUGAGGAUAUUGCCUCGGUGCUGGUCUGCAACUCGAAGCUGAAGCUUCUCUCCCUGGUGGAAAACCCCCUGAGAAACGAGGGCGUGCAGCUGCUGUGUGAUGGCCUGAAGCACCCAGACUGUGCCCUGGAGACACUGCUGCUGAUGUGCUGUGGCCUCACCUCCGUGGCCUGUGACUACAUCUCCCAAGCCCUUUUGUGCAACAAAUCCCUGUGUGUUCUCGAUCUGGAGUCCAACCUCCUGGAAGACAGCGGGGUGGCAUCUCUUUGUGAGGCACUGAAGCACCCAAACUGCACCGUCGAGCAGCUGUGGUUGUCAGAUUGUUACCUUACUCGGCUUUGUUGCAAGGACCUCUCUGCUGUUCUCGUUUGCAAUGAAAAACUAAAGACCCUGAAGCUGGGGAGCAAUGACAUCCAAGAUGCUGGCGUCCGGGAAUUAUGUGAGGCCCUGAAGCAUCCCAACUGUAAAGUAGAGACUCUUGGGUUGGAGAUCUGUCACCUCACCGCUGCGAGCUGCGAGGCGCUGGCCUCCGCUCUCACCGCGUGCACAUCCCUGAGGACCCUGAACCUGGACUGGAUCAGCUUGGCCCGUGACGGGGCCGCGGUGCUGGGCGAAGCCCUGUGCCACCAGGACUGCGCCCUGCAGCGGCUUGGGCUGGACAAAUCUGCAUUUGACGAGGAGACUCAGCGGCUGCUGACGGCUGUGGAGGAGAAGAACCCCCACCUGACCAUUUCCCGCCAGCUGUGGGUCGACGAAGAGUACAGGAUCAGGGGCGUGCUCUGAUGGGGGCGCCUCACGUAGUCUUCUAACACCAGCUUCUUGGGCACAGUGGGUGUUCUUUGACAAACCUUGUCCUAUAAACUGGAAUUCAUGGCAGUCGGGCUGUGGUUUCAGACCUGUCCCUUGGCAGCGUCCUAGCGAUAUGAUGGUGGAUGUGACUCAGGGUAUAAGUGCCAUCUGUGCCUAAGUCCCCAUCCCCAUCUUUAAAACUCCCCUCCUACCUUACAGCAUUUAGAAUAAGACAUUAAAUGGAUAAACAUUUUGGAAAGCAUGACUUUAUUUUCUUAGUGGGUGUCUUGGGAUAUAGGCCCUUGGGUUUGAAGGAACCAUAAUCCCCUGACAGCAUUGACUUAGAAGUGAUGGUAGAUGUGUCCCUAAAAAGAUUUUAGAUUUUAUUGCUAUCACUACAUCUAGCAUCCACCCAAAGUUUCCACUCUUAGUUUGUGCAAAUUUAGAUUUGAUCAGUUUUGUAGUCAAAUAAUAAAACUAUAUUUUCAAGUC